CUGUCAUGUGAGGAAAUCAUUUAAUUGCUUGAUUUUCCUUUUUAAAAGUAGGUUAUACUUUUUAACAUUUAAUAGAUGGUCUAAUGCUGGAGUGUGAAUUCAAAGAAAUGCUGAUGAAGAGAGGACUUCAUUUAAUGGCUGCAGCAGAGAACUGAGAGGAGUUUUAACAUCAUGGAGUCCAUAGUUGACCUCCUAAAUGUUUUUCACAUUAAGGCCAGUGGAUGGUCCGUGACGGUCAGCCUCUUACUCGUCUUUCUGGGUCUUCUCUACUGGUAUUCAAUUUACCCCUUUUCCGUCCUCUCUCGAUGUGGCAUCAAACAUCCAAAGCCUGUGCCUUUCUAUGGCAACCUUUUCCUGUUUCGACAGGGAUUUUUCCAGCCUAUGAAGGAUCUCAUAAAGACACACGGCAGAGUCUGUGGGUAUUAUUUGGGCCGCAGACCAGUGGUGGUGAUCGCGGACCCCGACAUGCUCAGACAGGUGAUGGUCCGAGAAUUCAGCACCUUCCCAAACAGAAUGUCUUUUCGGUUUGCCACCAAACCCAUGACGGACUGUCUGCUCAUGUUGAGGGACGAGCGCUGGAAGAGAGUUCGGAGCAUCCUGACGCCGUCGUUCAGCGCUGCCAAGAUGAAAGAGAUGGUCCCGUUGAUCAACACCGCCAUCGACGCCCUGACCAACAACUUAAAUGUCCAUGCUGAGUCCGGAGAGGCGUUUGACAUCCACAAGUGUUUCGGCUGCUUCACCAUGGAUGUUAUUGCCAGUGUGGCGUUCGCUACUCAGGUGGACUCUCAGAACAACCCAGACGACCCGUUUGUCAGCCACGCGCAGAUGUUCUUCACCUUUUCUUUCUUCCGGCCCAUCAUGAUGUUCUUCAUUGCUUUUCCGUUCAUCGCGGCUCCGCUGGCCGGACUCAUCCCCAACAAACGACGAGACAAGAUGAAUAACUUCUUCAUCAACUGCAUCCAGAGGAUCAUCGCGCAGAGAGAGGAGCAGCCUCCUGAACAGAGGCGUCGAGACUUCCUCCAGCUGAUGUUGGAUGCCCGAACAACCAAGGACAGUGUGUCUCUGGAACACUUUGACACAUUGAACCACUCGGAUGAGCUCGAUCACAGGAACCAGCGGUCGCAGGCGUCCGCUCCCGAUCAGGACGUCGGCCCGCAGGAGCCCCCCAGCAGACGCCAGCAGAGAAAGAUGAUCACUGAGGACGAGAUCGUGGGUCAGGCGUUCGUUUUCCUUCUCGCAGGAUAUGAAACCAGCAGCAACACGUUGGCCUUCACCUGCUACCUCCUCGCCCUCCACCCUGAAUGUCAAAGCAGAGUGCAGGAGGAGGUGGAUGAUUUCUUCACCAGACAUGAGUCACCAGAUUACUCAAAUGUCCAGGAGCUGAAGUACUUAGACAUGGUGAUCAGUGAAGCUUUACGCCUCUACCCUCCUGGAUUCAGGUUUGCGAGAGACAUCGACAAUGACUGUGUCUUGAACGGUCAGCUCCUCCCUAAAGGAGCCACGCUGGAGAUCCCUGCUGGCUUCCUUCACUACGACCCCGAGCACUGGCCGGAGCCCGAGAAGUUCAUCCCUGAGCGGUUCACUCCGGAGGCCAAAGCCAGCCGACACCCGUUCGUCUACCUUCCGUUCGGGGCUGGUCCUCGUAACUGCGUGGGGAUGAGGCUCGCUCAGCUGGAAAUCAAAAUGGCUCUGGUGCGUCUGUUCCGCAGGUUCAACAUUGUGGCCUGCUCGGAGACCAAGGUUCCUCUGGAGCUGAAGUCGUCGAGCACACUCGGACCUAAAAACGGUAUUUUUGUGAAAAUUCGAAGAAGAGAAGCAGGAGAAGGCGGCUUGAAUUCUCCAUCAGAUAAUUAGAAACUGAUGGACUGUGGAGGACAGCUCAGGUUGUUGUGAAUCCCUGCAGAGAGUUUCAUCAGUUAUUUUGGUGAUUAUUGAAUAAUGGGAACUUGAGGAAUCAUUUGUUUGCUCUACUUCAUACAUCUUACCUCAAAGUGUGGCAAUAUAGAUUUUAUUUUUCUGAUUUUUUUGAAUGGAUAUAACUCUUCAAUCUAAUGUUUAUUAUUAAGGAUAUUUGGGGAAAUAACCCUUAAUGUUUAUCUCACUUUAACCAGGUCACCACUCUUCUUUGCACUGUAGAAUUAAGUUUCUGUUGUUGAUUUAUUUUUUUAACUUGUCAUGGUUUUAAAAGUCACAUAUUCUGCAAAAUCCACUCCACCAUGUUUCUCUAACUCUAAUAUGUGUCUCUAGUCUGUCUACAAACCCCCCAAUGAUGAGAAAAGUCCAUCCUCUCCGUCUUUUGCCUGCUCCACUUUUCAGAAAAUGUGUGCUCAAACAGGCCAUUUGGAGAUUUUCCCUUCAUGACAUCACAAAGGGCAGUAACCCCUCUCCCAGGUGGGUGACACUCCCACAGCUAGGUGUUUGUUCUGCCCUCUGAGUCUGUCUUCCCACCGUAAAUAAUAGGACAUGGAGCGAGAAAGCCUGAGCCACAAAAGCCCUUCCAGAGAGGGGGCGUGGUCAGACACAGCUCAUUUACAUAUUUAAAGGUACAGACACAGAAACAGCCUGUUCUGAGCAGGGCUGAAAUAGAGGGGUUUAUAGACAUGAUCAAAUACAUUUCAAAACAAGAAACUUCACAGACAUGUUUUGGGGAGCUCUGAGACUUAUUGAAACUAAAAGGAGGAGAAUAUGUGACCUUUAAGUGCUUUUAAUCUGAUGCACAAAGAUUGAAACUUGCACACAAUGGAGUGAAAAUGACUAAGACCUCGCUAUUUAAACUCAAUGCAACAAAAGUCAAGAACAAAUCUGACAGCUGAGCCUGAGAGUUUGUGCUGUCCUUCACCAAAACGGGCAGUCGUUGUUAUAUCACUUCUGUCCUGGAACAGGGAUUCAUUAACAGUUUAAAGGACCAUCAACCGGUGACGAUAGAGAAGUCCAUGUGACAGGAAAGACGGGUGACCUUACAAUGUGUUUCUGAUUUCAUUUACUGAAGACUUGGUGACAUCACUUCACCGUGCACUCAAAUGAAAGCUGCUAUGAUAGAAAAUGACAGAGGGGAUGUACUGGAGUUGGUGUGAUCAAAUGUUUACUUGUCAUUCUGAUUCUAUCAUUAAUGUUUCUUAAAGGAGAUCUUGUUGACAUUAAAACAUCUCUAUCUUAAUCUAUUCCAUGUUUGGAGGUUAUUCUGAGCUGCUCGAGAAUUUCAGCCCUAAAUAAAAACUUUGAACGUGUUAAAAAUAGUGAGUCAGGGCUGAGCACUCAAUGUGCCUGCUGUGCAAAUUAAAAUGGGUUGUUUGACAUUUGUGAUUAUUAAAAAGUAUUAACCUCUUGA